CUCCUUCUCCGGCCGCCGCCGCCGCCGCCGCCGCUCGCCGGCGGCCGGCCAUAGCAUGGUUGUUUCCUCACGGUUUGUUAGACGUUGUGAUAUAUUGUAGCUUGGAGAGGAGCUGCGAGGCGAUGGCGGCAAUGGAGGAGGCCGAGGAGUGCUCGGCGGCGUGCGGCUUCUCGCUGACCUGCCAAGAAGACGGCGCCGAGCUUGGAGAUGGCGUCGUCGACGACGGAGACGGCGACGUGUACUUGUUAUAUAAUGCCGCGGCGGGGGAUGAUGAUGAGGAGGAGGAGUAUGUGGAGCAGAUGUUGUCCAAGGAGGCCAGCUUCUGCUGCUCCUCCUCCUCCUCCAUGUUCGACGCCGCCGGCGGCGACGGCGACGGGGAGGACAUGCCGUCGCUGGCCUCCGAGGACUGGUUCCGGCAAGCCCGCCUCGCCGCCGUCAAGUGGAUCCUCGAAACGAGAGGGUACUUCGGGUUCGGCCACCGGACGGCGUACCUGGCGAUCGCCUACUUCGACCGCUUCUGUCUCCGGCGACGCGUCGAUAGGGAGGCGAUGCCGUGGGCUGCGCGGCUGCUGUCCGUCGCGUGCGUGUCCGUGGCGGCAAAGAUGGAGGAGUACCGGUCGCCGGCGCUGUCGGAGUUCGACGCCGGCGGCGGCCACGCGUUCUGCUCGGGCUCCAUCCGCCGCAUGGAGCUGCUCGUGCUGUCCACGCUCGGGUGGCGGAUGGGCGCCGUCACGCCCUUCGACUACCUCCCCUGCUUCUCCUCCCGGCUCCACCGCCACGGCGGCGGCGGCGGCGGCAAUGGCGCCGCCGCCCGUGUCGCCCUCAACGCCAUCACCUUCAUCUUCGCUACAGCUGAAGCUGGUAGUGUGCUAGAUUACAGGCCAUCCACUGUGGCUGCAGCUGCAAUCUUGGCUGCAUCCAGUGGAACUCCACUGGCAAAAGAAGCAUUGGUGUCCAAGAUGAGCAACAUUUCUCCAUCUUGUCUUAUUGACAAGGAGCAUGUACAUGCCUGCUAUAUUAUGAUGGUUGGGGACAUGAACAGGAGGAGCAGCAGCAAGAGACCAUUGCAAUGUUCAGACUCCAAUGAGAUUACCACCACUAGUACAUAUGAUUCUGUUCUUGUUGAUGAUGUUACCGACACCGCCGCCUUCGCGGCGACGAUGGCGAUGAAUAAGCGGCUCAGGCUGGAGCCGCCGAGAAUCCAUUGAGGAAGAUAGCACCACCAGAGACACACAAUUUUUAGUCAGAUGUCUAGGGGGGCUUGGUUUGAAUCUUCUCCUUUUUCCCCAUUUUUCUCUUUCUUUCUUUUGACAUAAUUUUCCAAAUAUUUGUUAGGUUCUUUGAGCCAUUGCCAUGGUUGGCAUUUGGCAAUGUUGUUGGAUUGGAUUGGUUUGGUUUGUGAGAAGGAGAAGAUAAUGAACAAAGGAAAAAGAAAAGGGCUGGGUGAGCUCUCCUAAGGAGAGGAGAGCUUGAGUUGAAGCCCCAAAUUCCCAGUGCCCAAAUGGAGCACAUUUUCCUGUGAAACUUUAGUCCAAAGCUGCAUGAACCAUUUUGACAUGCCAUUGUGGAUGUUAUGUUUCCAUUGCACUGCCAUGUCCUGCAUAUGGUGAAAGAUGCUGUUGCAUGCAGAAGUUGCAAAACCAGCAGCAGCAUCAGAAAGGUUGGCCAUUGUUUAUAGAGCCCCUCUCCCUCUUUUCUUUUCCUGCAAGUGGAUGAUGUGUGAGUGGGGUUUCACUCAGCUGCACUGCACUUGCAUGGGGGUUACAUUGGUUUUGUUACAAACUAUAUAUUAGCCAUAUGGAUUAUAUUGGUUGUACUGUAACACCUAUAAUAACCAGUAGUAACCCUAUUCUUCUGUUCUGGAGAAAUGAAAUCUGAUAUCAUUUGGUGUAUAUAUAUAUGCAUGUCUCUCUGUCUGAAUGUGACCC